AUGGAGUCGCUGAGGCUUCAGAGAGGAUCUCUUGGGUCGUUGCUGCCCUUGAUAAGGCCUCUGGAAUCGCCGUUGCUCCAGAGAGGGCCUCCGGGGUCGCCACAGCCCCAUGGAAGGCCCCGGGGAACGUUGAAGCCCCUGCAAAGGCUCCUUGAGUCGCUGUACCCCAGGGGCCCUCGCAAAGGCGGUGGUAACUCCACCAGUCCUCCCAGGGUCGGGGGCGCCGACCCCAGAGACCUUCCCAUAGACAAAAGUGCCCCUAUGUCCGUCCCAGAGGCUGUGGCGCCCCAGGGGCCCUACAAGGAGCGUCCCUCCAAGAAGCCCUAUAGCUUGCUUGGUCAUGGACCCUCCCAGGGGCGGCAGAGCCACCAGGGAACUUCCCAGGAUCGGCGGCUACACAUGGGCUCUCUCAGAGGCGUCGGCGAUCCCACAGGGUUUUCCAGGGGCGUGGUUGCCUCAAGAAGCCUUCAUAGUGGAGGCAGAGCCCACAGGGGCUCCCCCAGGGGGGGCAAAACUCCCAUGGGCCCUCCCAAUGGCGUCGACGCCACCAACGGCUCUUCCAGGGGCAGUGGCACCCGCAAGGGUGGCAGUGACCCAAGGAGCCCUAGCAGAGGGGGCGACAACCCCAGGGGCCUUAUCACUAGCAACGGCGACCCCAGGGGCCAGGCCUGA